AUGCAGUUCCAUCUCAAUGGCUUCCAGGGCUCCGCUGAUCCAAAUGUUACCCAAUUUCAGGGCCAGGAGCCUGAUUACCAGUCCAGCCUACCCGAGGAGGUUGAUGUACUGAUUAUAGGAGCUGGACCCGCUGGCCAGUUGCUGGGCGCGCAGCUGGCUCAAUUCAGUGGCAUUACCACGCGAAUCGUGGAGAGCAAACCCGGCCGAUUGGAGCAUGGACAAGCUGACGGCCUGCAAUGCCGGACAUUGGAGAUCUUCGAGGCGUUUGGCUUCAGCGAGCGUGUGCUCAAGGAGGCCUAUUGGGUGAAUGAGACGACCUUUUGGUCGCCCGCAAAGGAUGGCAAGGGGCUCCAGCGAAGUGGCAGGAUUAGAGAUACCGAAGAGGGCUUGUCAGAAUUCCCGCAUGUGAUCUUGAACCAGGCUCGCUUGCACGACCUGUGGCUGGAUACCAUGAAGUGGUCACCGACACGACUCGAGCCAUCCUACAAUCAUCAGAUGGUUCAAAUGAUGCCAUCGGAAAAAUCAGGCCCCACUACGGUAGUGCUCGAGCGCCUGGACGAUGCCCAUAGAGGGCAGCGGGAGACGGUUCGCGCCAAAUACGUCGUUGGCUGUGAUGGUGCACGUAGCAAAGUACGCGAAGCACUCGGAUUAGAGAUGAAAGGUGAUUUCCAGAACCAGGCUUGGGGUGUCAUGGACGCUCUCAUCACCACAACUUUCCCUGAUGCAAGAUUGAAAACGAUCAUCCAUUCCGAAGACGAGGGCAGCAUUCUCAUCAUUCCGCGGGAAGGUGGCUACCUUAGUCGUUUCUAUAUAGAGCUGGCGAAAGUGAAAGACGGUGAACGCAUCGAUCGAUCAGCUGUCACAGCGGACAUGUUGACCGAGCGUGCGAAACGUAUCUUUGCACCAUACACUUUCGACGUGAAAGAGAUAGCUUAUUGGUCGGUAUAUGAAGUUGGCCAAAGGCUGACCGAUCACUUCGACGACGUUCCAAAGACUGACCAACAUCUGCGCGAUCCACGAAUCUUCAUCUGCGGCGAUGCUUGUCAUACACACAGUGCAAAGGCAGGACAAGGCAUGAAUGUCAGCAUGAACGAUACGUUCAAUCUCGGAUGGAAAUUGGCACAUGUCCUUCGUGGUCAAGCCCCAGCAAGCCUAUUGCGCACAUACUCUGAAGAACGACAGGCGAUAGCACAGAUGCUCAUCGACUUCGACCGCGAAAUGUCAAGAAUGUUCGCAGCGAAACCCAAGCUCAAUGCCGACAAGGACGACAAGGACUUUGUCGAUCCCACAGUAUUUCAAGAGAACUUUCUACGUCAAGGUCGCUUCAUGGCGGGCGUGGAGACCACGUAUCAACCCGGGAUCUUGACGAGCUCAAGUGAUUACCAGCAUCUUGCCACUGGAUUUCAAGUCGGUACCAGGUUUCAGUCUUGUCAAGUCCUGAGAGCGUCCGACGCAAAGCCUGUCCAACUCAGCCACGACGCCAUGAAAGCAGAUGGCCGCUGGCGAAUCAUCCUCUUCGGCAACGACCAAUGCGACCUGACUUCCCCAAGCUCACCCUUGGCCACCCUUUGCUCGUACUUGGAACACCAUCUCCUCCCCCAAUUCACACCUGUCACCGCCAACAUCGACUCCAUCAUCGACGUCCGCGCCGUCUUGCAGCAAUCCCGACAAUCUUUCAACAUGACCGAUUUGCCCUCCCUGCUAAUCCCGCAUAAAGGUCAACUCGGCCUGCAAGACUACGAAAAGGUGUAUACGGAUGAGCCGAGCUAUGGUUUUGGGUUUGGGGAGAUUUAUCAGACUCGCGGCGUGGAUCGAAAACAAGGUUGCGUUGUCGUCGUGAGGCCGGAUCAGUAUAUUAGCGCUGUAUUGCCCUUUACGGAAGAGGCCCAGGGGCUGUUGAGGGAUUUCUUUGGGGGAAUUUUGAUCAGUAUUGGGUAAAACAAAGUGAGGUGGUAUUGCAAAAGACAAGUUAGUUGGUCAAGGGAUAUACCUAGCUAAGGUAGGGUUCGGAAGAGAUAGGAGAUAACGGAUAAAAGAAAGAUGGAGGCCAGGGUGGCAUUUUGAAGCCUUCAAGUUGGGAUGCACUUUUUUGCGUACUUCCACCUAAAUACCGUAUAUAUUGUAUCUACCUAAAAGUACCUACCUGAUAUAUAUGAUGUGAGCAUGCGA